UGUUCUGGUUGUUGUUCAGCUGGGAAUUCUUGGAUGGCUCCUGUCACCUUGUUUAUUUCAUUUCUUCUCACUUAUCUUGUUGUUCUUCACUCUGCUGCAGAAGAGACAGUCUCCAAACUUUGUGCCCCCACCUUCUGUAAAGAUGUCAGCAUCUCUUUCCCCUUCAGAUAUAAGGAACAUUCUCCUGAAUGCGGAUUGUUUCCUCUUAAUUGUUCUGAAGGGCUUCCUCCGAGGAUCCAACUCAAAGAGGGAGAAGACUGGCAUGAAUUUACUAAAAUCUCAAAGAGCGAGGACACUGGCAUCUAUGAUAUUUCUAUCAUCGUCAGCAAAGAUCUUCAGCAGCUCUUAGAAAGUCGUCCUUGCAGUGAUGACAACUUCGAGAAAUUAAGUCUUCCCAGCCCUACUCCAAGAUUCAGUGUGUCCUCCACAUCCACUAUGACCCUGUUAAAAUGCAGCAAUAUCCUGGAUAGAUAUAAAUUGGAUCAUAAUCGUCUUAGAUUCGGCUGCAUAAGUGCUUCCCAUACUUAUUAUUAUUUUGCUCCCAAUAAUAUACCAUGGCCGCCUUUACCACAGUGUUCAGUUGUUCAGCUCCCCCUUAUUGCGGGGUGGAAUAUUUCGAAUCAACAUAACACUAUCCUCACUACUAACUUCAUCCUGCAAGUGACAGUAUCCGAAGAAAUGGAAGAAUGUUUUGAAUGCUAUUCUAGAGGAGGCAUAUGCCUGCUGCCACACGUGGGACAACCUAAUUAUUGUUCAGUAGCACCAAAAGGAAAAAGCUACUUGAAUUUGAAGCUAGGACUAGGUAUCGGACUUGGAGUACCAGCACUUCUUGCAGCAUGCUUUUUUAUUCUAUGGUGUUACAGACAAAAAUGUGGUUCUUCAAACUUGCUAUUAUCAACGAACACUCCAAAUUCAGACCUAGAAGGGCGCAGCGUCUACCUUGGUGUUCCAGUCUUCACCUAUAAAGAACUUGAGGAAGCAACUAAUCAUUUUGAUUGUGAGAAAGAAAUUGGAGAUGGAGGUUUCGGGAUUGUAUACCAUGGCAAACUCAAAGAUGGCCGAGAAGUUGCGGUCAAGCGAUUAUACGAGCACAACUCCAGACGAGUAGAACAAUUUAUGAAUGAGAUUGAAAUCCUUACUCAUCUGCGCCACAAACAUUUAGUCACACUUUAUGGAUGUACUUCAGGCCGCAGCCGUGAUCUCCUUCUUGUAUACGAGUACAUUUCUAAUGGCACUGUUGCUGAUCAUCUCCAUGGAGACCGAGCUGCCACAGGCUCACUCACAUGGCCGAUUCGCCUGAAAAUUGCCAAAGAAACUGCAAGCGCAUUGUUUUACCUAUAUGCUUCGGAUAUAGUACACCGAGAUGUGAAGACUACCAACAUUCUCAUUGACAGCAACUUUACUGUGAAAGUUGCUGAUUUUGGGAUCUCCCGGUUUUUCCCCCUUGAUGCCACUCAUGUCUCAACUGCACCACAAGGCACCCCUGGUUAUGUUGAUCCAGAGUAUCACGAAUGCUUCCAGCUAACUCCAAAGAGUGAUGUUUAUAGUUUUGGGGUUGUUCUCAUUGAGCUUAUAUCAUCAUUACCAGCAGUUGAUAUAAUGAGGCAUAGGGAGGAAAUCAAUCUGUCUAACAUAGCCAUAAACAGGAUUCAGAAUGGCUUAUACAGUGAGCUGGUGGAUUCAUGUCUUGGUUUUGAGUCCGAUCAUGAAGUUAGAAGGACGACCAUUGCAGUGGCGGACUUGGCUUUUCAAUGUCUUCAGCAGGAUAGGGAUGCAAGGCCUAACAUGUAUGAGGUUUUGGAGGCUUUGAAGAAUCUAAAUACAACAGGCUGCGAUGCAAGGAUGGAAGACAGUAUACAGCCAUCUCCUUCACCACAUUGUGACCGGAUCGGCUUGUUGAAGAACACGAAGGCAGGAUCUUCACCAACUUCCGUGAUAGGAACCUGGACGAGCAGUAGUCUCACUGUUCAUGCUCGAUCUCCGGCACCACCUCUUCCACAAGCACCUUCUGCUCCCCUUCAUCGACGCGGACCACCACCAGGCUUCGGGAAUCAGCCUCGUCCUCCUUGUUCUUAUUGCCAUGAUACUAACCAUGCUCGUGCGACCUGUUGGAAAUUAUAUCCACACCUUAGGCCUAAGAGGCCUAAUUAUCCCCGGGCUAAAGCAGCUCUUGAAUUAGUUCCGGAACCUGAUAUCUAUGGUGUGGUUGGGCAUGAUCAUCAUACUGCUGGAGGAGCACCUACAACCUCCGUCGUUGGCCGUGGUCAAAUUGGGUCUUCUCACCGGACGGGUAAUUGGUCGGGGGUAUCUAAGGGGCCAGUUGUUUCAUCUGGAUCUGACAUACGCAGGGGACAAACCAGGGGGACAGUCUCGGACCGCUUUACUCUCCACUUCUGACAAGCUAAGUGAAGUUUGGUUAUGACAUCGUCGCUUAGGGCAUCCAUCUUUUAGUGUUAUGAAAAAAUCCAUGCCUACUUUAUUUAUUAGUGUGGACGAGUCUUGUUUAUGUUGUGAGACAUGUGUUUUAGGCAAGAGCCAUCGAUCUACUUAUUCCCCUAGUACUUCUCCUA